GGUGGAACAAGUGGAUUUUGAAUUUAAUACAGCAAAGCGAUGAAGAUGAUAAGCCGGACCGUUGUCAACUGUUUGUUGACAUUUGUGGUUUUGGCGAUUACAGUCCAAGAAGGAACUUCCUUACCCUCUGGUGCUGGGGUUGGAUCUUUCUUGGGUCAGCAUGGGGCUGAUAUUAUGAAGAAACUUCUUCGGUCCUACUCUUCUGUGAGAACUGCAAGAAGUGUGAGAACAUCAAGUACCUUCCCACCAAGAAUAGAUGACAGCACAAUACCACCAUUGCAAGCCAGAGUCAAAAAUUAUUGCUGUCCCUAAUCUUCAUGGACACUAUGCAUACAUUAUCACCGUUAAGACUGGACUUAGAAAAAAUGCAGGAACCAAUGCAAAAAUCAAAAUGGAACUGUGCUCCAAGCACUUAAAGUCACAAGAAUAUUUACUUAAAGACCAUGGGACCAAGCAGAAUAUCUUCUCUAGGGGGAAAGAAACCAUGUUUUUAGUAUACAGCACUGUUCCCCUUGGAGAACUGUCCCAUGUGCUGAUAAUUCAAGAAGGACAUGGAGUCAAAGGGAAAUGGCAUUUAGACUCUGUCAUUGUGUCAGACCCUCAAGCUGAUCGAGAGUGGCUGUUUUCCUGCAAUAAAUGGCUGAAACCUCAGCGCACUAGUAAGGAAGGCCCUGCAACACAUACCCUGGCCUUGGUAGAUGCUGGCAGAACAUUUUGUUUGAUCUGGAGCUCCAUAUUAUGUUUCUUCCGUCAGUAUCAUCGAUGGAUUUAUCCAUUUUUUGGAAGUGGACAGGAUUCCAACAAAGUGCUUUCCAGGCCCCUCACUCUUGUGAUGCUGUUUUCUGCAGUUGGCAAUUCUUUACUUGGAAAUAUGUUAGUGGAAACAGCCCUCCUAACCAUCAGCAGCCAAAUUGCUGUGGAGUUGACAACUAACAUAUUCUUCUUCACCUUUCUGAUCAACACCAUCAUCUGCCUUAUAAAUUGCUUGUGUGAAAUUGUCCUGGGCAACAUUAGAUCUGAGGAACUAUGCCAGGAUAUCUUCACAGGAAAGUCCUCCUCAGUACAGCACAAGGUGGUCACCAACAGAAAUCAAAGGAAGGCCCACCAUAUGGAAAAAUUGACAAAAGCCCAAUCCUGGAGUGCUAGCCAAGUUCAACACAUUCACUCCAAAGACUCCAGUGCUUGCUCUUUUAAAAGCAGGGUUGACGUUGAUUCCAAACAAUCAUCCAUUUUCCCCCCUAAGAGCAGAAGUCAAAUUUUUUAUGACCAUGAAAGAAAGAUAUGUGGCAGCAUUCAGAGGUCAAGAUCCUCUUCAGAGGUGUAUAUUUUAAGUGGAAAUAGAAACAACAACAAUACUGCCUCUUGUAGUAGCAGUGCUGCCAGUAAUGCAAGUGAUGCUGGCAAUAGUGAACAGGGUGGUGCAAUUGGAGGCCAAGGUGCCACAAAAGUGAGACAAAUGCUGGCAGUGUUUCCAGUUGUAGAAGACUGGUCCUAUCAGGAGAAUGUAUGGGAGGAUGAAUUGAGCAACUACAUACAACUGAGUGGUGAGCAGUACCAGUUGAAGGAUCAUGUACAGGCAUCUGUGCAGACAGUUUCUCUACACAGUUUGGAGAAGAAAUUUGAUGAAGACCAGCACAAGCCACUGAAGGUCACUCAAGAUAUUGGUGCACAAACAGGAACAUCUCUCCUUGAUUUGAAGUUAAAACAGAAGAAGUCUGGCUAUGUGUAUGGACGUAAUUUGACAAAGACAUCCUCCACUGCAUCAGUCAACCACCUCAGGGAGGCCAUCCAAGUUAACCUGGCACUUGUACAGAGGAGGCAAGAUGCAGCAUUAGGGAAAUUGAGGGCAAAUAUGACCAGUGACCCAGCCUCAGAACUUACAGCUUCAGAUGAAAAAAUUACCCUCACUGAAGCCUCUGAACCCAGCCCCUAUCUGUCCUUGGGUGAACUUGUUGCCAAAAUCAUAGCUGAUGAUGUAAAUGCUGGGUCUAAUGUGAACAAGUGCCAAGCAGACUUUCCAGAAGAGAUCACAGAGGCUACUUUGAAGGAUUUCACCCUAGGAACAACACAUGGCCUACUUGCAUCAUUUUAUGAUGUAUGUGAUGUUGCAACUGAGGCCAGUCAGAAAGCGAUGCAAGACUUCUCAAAGAAACUGGUUGACACCCUUGUGCAGCUGAUUUCUGCUGAGAUGAAUGGUGACAUGCAAGGCACUGCAAAGAGACAUUCAGUCAAAGAUCUUGAAAAAGAUGAUCACCAACCUACGCAAUGCAUGGAUAGAGAGGUCCAAUUUCCACAUACACUUGUAGGCCAGGUUAACAACUUGAUGAAGCAAGAAAUGCAAGAUAUUAGGAAAGACAAGGCACACUUUAUCAAAGAGGUUUUUAACUACCACUAUGUGGAUAGCUUGAUUUCCAAUGCCAUCAUUAGAGCACAGUUUGCUGUGUUCCACUGUGCUGAAUCAAAGUCACAAGACCUGGACUGGCCAGAUAAGGAGCAUGUCAUUGCCAAAGCUGCUGACCUCCUGAAAGAGGAUGUUUUGACGUUUUAUGAUGAAAAGUGGGAUGAAUGCUCUGACAGUGUUCAGUUAGGGUUGCUCUCUCAGAAUGCAGAGGGGGAUGUAUUCCUUGAUGAGCAAGAUUUGAAAGUAGCCAUUGUUAAUGAUGCCAAGAUGGUGGCAAAAUCUGUGGCGACCUCAGUGUUAAAGCAAGCAGCACUGUGUUCAGAUAUUAAUUGUGAGUCAGACUCUUCUGUUCUCUCUACUGAUAUAGUGCAGUUUAAGGAAGAAUUCAAAGACCUGAGGAAUCUAGUGUGUGAUUUGUCAUUAGAGAGACGUGCAAGAUCCACAGAAAGUUGGCCACCAAGGAGGAGUCUGAGUUUGGAUUCAAUGAAAAACCCUCCUGGAUCUAGUGAGGCCACUUUGUGGAAUUUUACAAGCACAUCUACUCUCCGUUUCAAGAGUUUUGAGGAUCUGGGAGUGCUGAAAAGGCAACCCACAUGGGGAGAGCUGAGAGCAGAUAUCUCAAGCAGCCUGAGAUUUGAAGAUGACUUUGUUACAGCUGGGACAGUUGACAUCAAUGACAAUAGUCAAGUUGUCCAAGUAAACAACACAGCUGAACUAAGCCCAGAGGUGCAGGAUGAUGAAUGUGACAUUGAAACCUCAGGACCCAGUGCUAUGAAUAUGACAAUAUCAUCUCCUGCAACUGUGUACUUGGUGAAUGAAGUUAUGUCUACAGUAUCAGUGAAAGAAGACAAAGAAGAAGAAAAAGAUCUAAAAGAUGUUGAUAAAACAGCAUUUCCACUAUGUCUACCAAGUGUUGUUGAUAUUGAUAUUGAAGCAGCUCUUCCCCGUGAAGCCUGUUUGACAACACCUGUGUCAGCAACUACAGUAGCUCCUAUGACAGGAACUAUGACAUCACCUUGGCCAGACACUACAUGUAAGACAACUUCUAUGACAGGAACUAUGACAUCACCUUGGCCAGACACUACAUGUAAGACAACCUCUAUGACAGAAAGUAUGACAGCACCUGUGCCAGAAGUUAUGCCAGCAGAAAUGACCACCCCCGUCACAGCAACUUAUCAGAUAGAGAAUGAGGUUACAGCUCAGAAAUCAGUGGAAGGCACCCGUGAUCUGGCUGAUGAGUUCAUAGAAAAUUAUGUGUUUUCCUCAAGUUCCACCAGUUCACUGAGUGCUAUCAUCACAGAGGAGUUGGAUGCUGCUUACAGUAGAGACAUUCAGAGCUGUGACAUUUCUGCUUCAGUAGAUGACAGUGUGGCUGAUGUCCAAGACUCUGGUAAACAGUCAGCCAGCAUUGUAAAUGAUUUACCAGAGGAUAAAUAUGACACCACUGAGAUCAUUCCUACAAGUGCCCUUGACUCUUCACUUCAGGGCAAUUUUUAUGAUGUAGCCAUUCAAGUUGAAGAAGAUAAUCCAGAUGAGGAUGAGUUGACAGAAGACCAGUCAGAUGAAGAGUACAAACCUUUGAGUGACAAAGAACUGUUACAUCUGGAAAGAAUGGUGAAAGGAGAGUUCAAAAAGUCCUUUCCCCACUGGGUGAAAUACAUUGUAUUCAUCUUCUUGUUUUGCUCUAUCAUGCUGUCAUUUUCCCUCACUGCCAUUUAUGGAAUGUCACUGCCAGAAGACCAUGUUAACCACUGGUUGAUGCUUGUUGGAUUGUCUUUACUAGAAGACUUCUUCAUCUUUCAGCCCAUCAAGUGUUUCUGUGUUCAGUUUUAUUUUUUCUUGUUUCCAAUGCACAAAAAUAGGUUUCCAAAUCCAGUGUAAACUGUAAAUAAGGAUUGACAGUGCAGUUUGGUUUGGAAAAUAUUUAUGACAUUUACAAUACCAAAAUUAUCUUAUUUUAAUUGGUUGUCAGUCUUCAACAUUUUAGUUUUCGCCUACAGACUAAGAAUGGUCAUAAACUUACAAUCAAUAGAAUUAUUAACAUGUGAAUGAAAGAGCACAAUUUAUCAUUUUAAUUUUCAUUUAUAAGCUUGCAUCUGUAGCAUUUAUACUUUCUACCUCAUUCAAAUGAUAAAA